AUGAUCAUUGCAAACAAACAUAUUCAAGAUGACGGCACAAAAGAGAAUCCUGAAGAUACCAGGAGAAGAAAGCAUCCUCAUAAGAAAAAUAAGAAACAGCACCACAGCGGAACGAUACCGCAGAAAAAGGGCAUCUUCAUAGAGGAAAUCGCACACGAGAGGAAAUCUUCAGGGGGCCGCGAAAGAGGGUACAUCAUCGUAGAGAAGAUGACACACAGAAAAACAUCUUCACGGUCCCACGGGAGGAGGGAGGAUCCAUCUAGAACGAAUGACACAAAACAAUAUAUUGAGGCUGCCGCCGGUAUAUAG